UGCCAUUUGAUUUUCCUGCCAAACUAGGAGGUGGUUUCCAGUCGGGGGAAUUGUUCCUUCAUGUUUUAAUGGCAGAGAGGGGUGAAGUUCUCAGGAAUUUGUUAAAAAAUCAAAAAGUUACUCCCUCUUUGAAGCUUUUUCUAACACUAGGUGGACUGCCAGUUUGGUUUGUUAAAACACUGCAGUUCAUUGUUGGCCUGAAGGACCAGUUCAGUGCAUCUACAAUAGGAGGAACAACUGGAUUCAAAUCAUUGGCAGACUACUUCCAGCAUAUUACAAAACUUACGAUCUGGCAGGAGGAUUUCAUGAAGGUGUGGGUUGAUGAGAAGCUGGAUGCUGUUAUAUGUCCAGUCUACCCUAGUCCGGCUGUGUCCAGAGACAAGGCUCACCAAGUUACACCAUGUGGCAUAUACUGUCAAAUGUACAAUGCUUUGAACUACCCUGCUGGAGUAAUACCUGUCACCAAAGUGACACAAGAUGAUGUAAACAAAACCUUUGACCCCAAGUUUUUUACUCCUAAAUGUUACAUGGAAAAAAUUCUACAAAAAAGCUCUAAGGACUCAGUUGGUCUUUCUGUUGGGGUUCAGUGUGUUGCCCUGCCCUACCAAGAAGAAAUAUGUCUACGGGUGAUGAGAGAUGUAAACAAAUGUCUUCAAGGAAAGAAGUAAAAAGCUAAACAAACAGAUAGUUAGGGCCUAUCCUUGAAAUGUGCUUGUCAGGUCAGGGAAUCACUGGUUUAAAUAUAUCAAAGAUUUAGCUCAACAGAACAUGCCAGGACCAGCCCUGAAUUUUGGUUAUUAUUGUGUAGUUUAGUACUGUACUUCC